UACACGGUCAGACGAUGAUCCUGUACCCUAGCCAAAUCACCUAGCAGCUCCUGCUCUAUAAAUACCAAUGCGCGUAUCCUCCGCAUCAUCACCAGCAGCACAACACAACACUCGACAUCAUCAAGGUCUUCAGAUAUUCUUGCUUGCGACGAUGAGCUCCUCGACGACGGAACAGGUGGAGUGCGGCGGCGGCAAGAGGUCGUGGCCGGAGGUGGUGGGGCUGAGCGUGGAGGAGGCCAAGAAGGUGAUCCUCAAGGACAAGCCCGACGCCGACAUCGUCGUCCUCCCCGUCGGCACGCCUGUAACCAAGGACUUCCGCCCCAACCGCGUCCGCAUCUUCGUCGACACCGUCGCCGAGACGCCCCAUGUCGGCUAGCUAGCUUCAGUUCGAUCCGUGCAUGCGCAUGUAUCUUCUGCGGGAUUAAUUGUGUGUCCGAUCGGGUGUUACGUUUCGAACCGUGAUGUCAUGUGCCUGUUAUGUUUUAAUUUCCACGAAUAAGCCAUAUAUAAUAAUGUAAGCACAUGCAACGCGAGAUACAUCGCUUUGCAUUGUCAUUUGCGUC